AUGUGCGGACCCCUCUACAUCGACCCCUCGAUCCAAGUGACUCGCUACAGCGGGAGAAUCCUCCCCGGCGAGACGCCCAUCCAAGCGGCUGUGCGUCGCCACCGCGAACGAAUGAGCCUUGAGGGAUCGGAACCGGGUUCGUUCUCGGGUGACAAGGUCAGUCACUCUGAGGGUUUGAAGGACGAUAAAGAUAAAGAUACGGCGAUUGAAGAGGUAGAGGAGAAGAUACCGAAGGUUGAUGAGUCGGAGAUGAUUGAGAACAGGAGGCGGAGGUCGUCGUGGGGGGAUCGGUGGAGGGGGUUUAGGCGUCAUUAUUUGCCGUGA